UGACCUAUGUAGGGGCGUAAAAACUAAAAGUAUCCGCCAUCUUGUCACUGAUGCAAACAAAGAUUUUAAAAUUAAACUUCUAAACUACUUUUUACUUCUUCAAUCCUAUACCUUUAGUGUUAUUGUGAUAAUUGUGUAGUGUUAAAAAAUACUGUGAUAUAUCAACGUGCAAAUAUUUUUGUUUAUAUUGUUACACUUUUGUGUCUUGACAUUAAAAGUUGAAAUAUUUGAGUGACGACGAACGGACAACUAGACAAAAUGGGUACAAGAGAGGAUGAAUAUGAUUAUUUAUUCAAAGUUGUGUUAAUAGGAGAUUCUGGUGUUGGUAAAAGCAGUCUGCUAUCACGUUUCACUAGAAAUGAAUUUAACUUAGAAUCAAAGUCCACUAUAGGAGUUGAAUUUGCAACAAGAAGUAUAGAGGUUGACGGCAAAACUAUCAAGGCGCAAAUAUGGGACACGGCAGGGCAGGAGCGGUAUCGCGCCAUCACGUCGGCGUACUACCGCGGAGCAGUGGGCGCGUUACUGGUGUACGAUAUCGCCAAACACCUGUCGUACGAGAACGUGGAGCGGUGGCUGCGUGAGCUGCGGGACCACGCCGACCAGAAUAUCCUCAUCAUGCUGGUGGGCAACAAGAGCGAUCUGAGACAUCUCAGAUCAAUCCCAACGGAAGAAGCGAAAGCGUUCGCAGAGGCAAAUGGUCUUAGUUUCAUAGAAACAUCUGCCCUUGACUCUACUAAUGUCGAGCCGGCAUUCCAGAAUAUUCUUACUGAAAUCUACCGGAUCGUGUCGCAGAAGCAAAUGCGCGAGCCGCCUGAAGGCGACGUUAUCCGAGCUGACGCAGAGCCGACAGAUGUGCGUCCCUCCGCGGCCGACUCUGUGCGGAAACAGUGCUGCCAGUAGGAUGGAAAUCUUAAACUAACAUCAAUGUGGAAGUGAGGAAACAAACAUAAGAAUCAUUCCCUGUCAGUGAUCCCCAACUGCCGAAAAUGGACAGUAAUACCAGGAUGUUGCUUCAGACCGGUGGCGUCUGGUUGCAUCAGCUGCUGACAGUCACCGGUUGCCACUGGUCACAUCACCUUUGUGUAAUAAUUGUUUGUUUUGGUCUAUCAUUUUGUAGGUCGAUUGUGCAUUUCCAAAAUAAAUCAUUGCAAUUUUAAUUUUUUAUCGUAUUUGGUAUUUUCAGUCUAAAGUACAUAAUAGCUAUAUAUUGUCUAUGUAUGUUAUCGACCAAUCAAUGUUAUAUUUUGCCCAGUUUUAUUA